AUGAGAGUCAUCAACACCCAAACUGGAAGGUUGGAGACUCACAUCAAGCAUGCUAGUAUCGAUAGAACAAGCAGUUCUGAGCUCACCGAGGCCAUUAAUUCAAUGUACCGAUGGCAUCGUGAGGCAUCAGUAUGCUACGCCUAUCUCACCGAUGUGCCUACGGCAGCAGAAGCGGGAUCCUUCACCUUAAAGGGGUCCAUUCGGAAUCGAGACGAGAAGUGGCACUGGCAACCUUCGGAUAAAUUUUGCAAGAGUCGAUGGUUUACCUGUGCCUGGACGCUUCAACCGCUUAUUGCGCCUCACGCAGUGGAGUUUUACGCCUUAGAUUGGACAGAGAUUGGCACCCGGGCCUCCCUAACAGAGGUGCUUUGCGACAUUACGGGAAUAGACCAGCGCGUGUUGAGCGGGGCCCCCGUCGAUAUGUAA